AUGGAUGAAUUUUACAGUGUACAGGAGGCACAAAAUGCUCUUCAGAGGAUACAACAGAGACGUGCAGAAGAUAGGCCAUCGCAAGUCCAAUUGGAAUUGUACCAGAUGCCGGCAUGGGGUGACUGUGUAGAGGUAAAAAAAUAUCCAGAGCCAGAUUGCUGGCGCAUAACAUGGGUGCAAAAUGAGAACGAGGUAGAAGAAGUGGUGUUACACAUUCAAGGAAUAGUUGUUGAUAAAAAGGUGCCACCUAUCCGAGGUGAAAAAAAAACACAGAAGUUGAAACAUAUGAGGCAAUCAAUUACGAUUAGUGGUUUGGGAACAGAUCAAUUCCGAGCAGACUGCGAAGCUAUAAUGGAUGUGUAUGCAAGGCUUGCACGACAUGUUCCCGGGCUGAGUGCAAUUGAAAUCAAGGAAAGGGGGGGCUUCGAAGCUUUGGAGAUAUCCAGCCGGAUUUUCACGCCUAGGGAACAGGCACCAACAAUGGAAUGGGCAGAUAUUGAUAAUGACAUUGAUAUUAACGGCUUUAUACAAGGGGUAAAGAUGAGCGAUGCUCCAUUUGUAUAUGGAGAGGAGAAUGUGGUUUACUAUGGGGAAGAGAAGGUAUAUGAAAACGGUGAAGUUAGGACAGAGAAGAUCAGGCCUGACAAGCUCCAUGUAGGUGAUAUCGUGGAUGUUGCAUUCAGUGUGGUUGGUUUGGAAAGAGGAAAGGGAAAGGGAGGCAUUGCAAAGUUGUUGUUGAGAUCUGUGGAGAUCAUAGAUGGGACACAUACACAGGAAUACCAAGAAGAUGACAUUUAUUUGCAACAGAAAUGGAUUAAGAAUAAGGCCUUGAGUGGCAGGAAAACAGAGAUGAAUCAAGCCCCACUCAAAAAACGAAAAAUGUUUGAUGAAGGAGAAGUAGAAGAAACGAGAAAGAGAUUCAAAAAGCUGACAACCAGGAUUGUUGAGGAGCAGCAGUAAGAUAUAUUACAAUAGGGCUUUGUGUUGACUGCUACUGUUGAGAAAAUCGUUGUUUGGAAGAAGUGCGACAAGAAAGACAAAACAGUCACAUCGGUGUACCUUCAUCAGUCAAUAGACGAAAAGAUCAGUCACAUCAAUAGGUCAUGUGAUUUCAUCAGUCACAGCCCAUAAAAGGCAGAUUGCACCCCCAAAAAGGAAAUUAGUCACAGUUUCCCACAUUUUGUUCCCCCAUAAAGACGAAUCCUACAUUUCAU